AUGUCUGCUCCCAGCUCGCAAACUUAUAAGAACCGUCAAUUGCUCGCCGUGAUUGGUGAUGAGGACUCUGUCACUGGACUUUUGCUUGCCGGCAUUGGUCAAAUCUCGGAGACUGACGGCGGUGAGAAGGUCAAGAACUUCUUUGUUGUUGAUGCUAAGACUACACCUGAGGCUAUUGAAGCUUCUUUUGACGACUUUACUCAGAACAGAAAGGAUAUUGCUGUCUUGCUUAUUAACCAGCACGUCGCUGAUAAAAUUAGAUACCGUGUUGACACUUACACACAGGCCUUCCCUGCCGUAUUGGAAAUUCCAUCCAAGGAUCACCCAUAUGAUCCUGAAAAGGACUCUGUCUUGAGAAGAGUCCGACGAUUAUUUGGCGAGUAA